GAUUGGGAGAAUUUCAACCCUCUACCAAUGAUUCAGUAACUUGAUUGUUGCAACCGUUUUAUUUUGGAAUUGUAUAUGUAUGUCUAUAUCUACCUCGUCGCCCUCGGUCGAAGUUUGUUGGCUGUUUCGUGGCUAAAGAAGUUGUAAAUUACACAAAACUAGGAGUAGUUCGCCUCACGACAGCCUCGGACAAGAGCCCAACUUGACUUAAUGUGGGAUUCUCUUCAGCCUCAUUAACCUCAGUUGGGCCCCUUACCGAGGUAUUGGGGUUUGGUUCAGGUACUCCGGAUAUUGUCAGUCUCUUCUUCCCCGCAAAUCAACAACUUCAUUUAUUGCAACCGAGGGAGGUUCUGUUUGUACAGUAUAUCCAUCCUUAUCAUUCAGUCAGGCCUUAUUGUCAACCUUCCCUUCUGUUCACCGUUCGGAAUCUUGAGAAUUGUAUCCCACAGAUUGCCCAAGACGAGAAACAGAGCAAACAGACAAAAAAUGGCGCCGACGGCAUCAGAAUCCAUCCCUCCCAUCGCCCAACCGUUCGUGUCUGAUCGCGCCCGGAAAUUGUUGGACAUUGUCGAGAAGUUCGUCGACGAAGAAUGUAUACCGGCCGACGCCGUCUAUCAGGCUCAGAUCGGCCUCGGAGAGGCAAGAUGGCAGGGACAUCCUAGUGUGGUGAGUCUUUUUUCCUUUCUUUUUUUUGUGUUUGGCAAUGCCGCAAAGUGUUUUGAAGGCUGUCACUCCUUUUCCCCCCCCCCGGAGAUGCUGACCUUGAGGUGUUUUUAUUUCUAGAUGGACGAUCUCAAACGCAAAGCCAGAAGUUUGGGGAUAUGGAACAUGUUUUUACCAAAGAAUCACUUCAAGGACGGACCACAAUUCACAAACGUCGAAUACGGACUCAUGGCCGAACAAUUGGGUAAAAGUAUCACUGCCAGUGAGGCGUGUAACUGUGCGGCCCCGGACACCGGCAACAUGGAAGUCAUCGCGAGGUACGGCAACCCUGCACAAAAGGAAAAGUGGCUCAAACCUUUGAUGGCCGGCGAGAUCCGGUCGGCCUUCUUGAUGACCGAACCUGACAUUGCCUCCUCCGACGGGUCCAACAUCCAACUCCGGAUGGAACGAAAGGGCGACCACUACCUCCUCAACGGCAGCAAGUGGUGGUCCUCGGGCGCGGGGGACGACCGCUGCAAGAUCUUCAUCACCAUGGGUAAGACCGACCCGAACCACCCCGACAAGUACCAACGCCAGUCGAUGAUGUUGGUCCCCGCCGACACUCCCGGGAUCAAGGUCCACCGCAUGCUGAGCGUGUACGGCUACGACGACGCCCCCCACGGCCACGGCCACGUCACCUUCACCGACGUCCGUGUCCCACUCGACGCCAUGAUCCUGGGUGAAGGUCGGGGGAACGAAAUCAUGCAGGGCCGUUUGGGCCCGGGUCGUAUCCACCACGCCAUGAGAGGCAUCGGUGCGUCGGAAAAGGCUCUGGAGUGGUUGAUCAAUCGACUCAACGACGAACGAAAGAUCCCGUUCGGGAAACGCCUGUCCGAACACGGUGUCCUGCUGGAGUGGGUGGCCAAGGCCAGGAUCGAGAUCGACGCCUGUCGUUUGAUCGUCCUCAACGCGGCCAUCAAGACCGACCAGAGGGACGCCAAGUUCGCCCUCAAGGAGAUCGCCGAGGCCAAAGUCAAGGUCCCCCAGGUGGCCCUCGAGGUCAUCGACAGGGCCGUCCAGGCUUACGGCGCCAUGGGGGUCUGUCAGGACACACCCCUGGCCUACAUGUGGGCACACCUGCGGACGCUCAGGAUCGCGGACGGCCCCGACGAGGUUCACCUGCAACAACUCGGAAAGAGGGAAAACAGGACCCGAAAGGACGACAUCAAAGUCAAACUGGCGAGGCAGGCGGCCAGGUCGGACGAGUUGUUCAGGACGAUGGGAGUCCAAAAGGUCGCCUUGGGGGCGCAAAAGUUUGAGACCAAGAGUAAAUUGUAAGUAGUUGGUAGUCAAAACCAGAACAGAACAGAGAACUAGCCAAAUAUACCAAAGAAAACCCGAAAAUGUCAUGAAAAAA